AUGGCCAAUCGAUCAUCUUCACCAGAUUUUCCGUCACUGGGCCAAGACAUAAGCUACGAAGAGGUCGAAAUGAUCCAGGACUAUAAAAUAACCAAAACAAUAGACAAAAGAACAGGCGCCGUAAUCAGCGAAACUAAAAAGCCUGUUGGCUCACCCUAUCCUGGAAAUCGAACAAGAGUGACCAAAGGCACGAGAUAUAAUAUCUCGCGAUGUGCUGGACCCAGCGGCAAGCCGAUGCUCCAUUUCAAGUUGCUUCCGAAUCGUAGCAAAGCCGAAGAUGCUGCGCGCUCAGCUGGGAAAGGCAACACACCCGUUCAUCACACUGCUCAUGGAUCUGGACAACGGCCACAUUUUCAUCCAGCCGAUCGUUAUGGCAAUAUUAUUAAGGAUGGUGCGCACUAUGAGUAUCCUGGUUGA